GUUCUGGUGUGUUUUAGUCCUAGAGACGAGGAGGACCAGGAGGACGCGGACUGUCACCAUGACAACAGCGACGGCACCAACAACAACAACAACAACAACCGACGCAAGACGGUGUGUCCAGCAGCAGGAGAACACCCCCUCCAGUACAACUACACCUUCUGGUACAGCAGGAGAACCCCGACCAGACCGGCCAGCUCUCUGAGCUACGAGCAGAACAUCCGACAGAUCGGAACCGUCGCCUCGGUGGAGCAGUUCUGGAGGUUCUACAGCCACCUGGUCAGACCAGGAGACCUCAGUGGUCACAGUGACUUCCACCUGUUCAAGGAGGGGAUCAAGCCCAUGUGGGAGGACGAGUCCAACCGCAGUGGAGGGAAGUGGAUCAUCCGUCUGCGUAAAGGUCUGGCCAGCAGGUUCUGGGAGAACAUCAUCCUGGCCAUGCUGGGAGAACAGUUCAUGGUGGGAGAGGAGAUCUGUGGAGCUGUGGUGUCCAUUCGCUUCCAGGAGGACAUUCUGUCAAUCUGGAAUAGAACCUCCAAUGAUCAAACAACAACAUCCAGAAUCAGAGACACUUUGAGACGAGUCCUGAACCUUCCAGCCAACACCAUCAUGGAAUACAAGACCCACAAUGACAGCCUCAGGUACUACUGCUACUACUACUACUACUACUACUGCUACUACCAUCAUGAAGUACAAGACCCACAACGACAGCCUCGGGUACAAGGACUAAUACUACUACUACUACUACUACUACUACUACUACUACUACUACUACUACCACCAUCAUGGAGUACAAGACCCACAAUGACAGCCUCAGUUACUACUACUACUGCUACUACUACUACUACCAUCAUGGAGUACAAGAUCCACAAUGACAGCCUCAGAUACUACUACUACUACUACUAUCAUCAUGGAGUACAACAAUCACAAUGACAGCCUCAGGCACUA